UUAUCCACCAAUCGCAUGGGCUCUUGGCACGGGAGCACGUUCUUAUCUGCCCAGCCCAGGAUGGGGGGUGGCGGGGGUGGCCUGGCCAGGAGGGCGGGAAGCUGCCUGGGGACUGGACACGCAGCAGAGCCGGCAGCCCUGAGCCCCACCAGGUGCGUGAAGGCUGCUGAGGGCUCCGAGCUCCCCUGCAGGCCGGUGGCCGGCUGCCCGCCCAUCUCCUGCACCAUGUCGGACGGCGAGGGCCCCUCAGCUGAUGACAGCGCUUCUGCUGCAAGUAGCAUGGAGGUUACAGACCGCAUCGCCUCUUUGGAGCAGCGAGUCCAGAUGCAAGAAGAUGACAUCCAGCUGCUCAAAUCGGCUCUGGCUGACGUGGUUCGGCGGCUGAACAUUACUGAGGAACAACAGGCUGUGCUUAAUAGGAAAGGACCUACCAAAGCAAGACCACUGGUGCAAACCUUACCUUUAAGAACCACCGUCAACAAUGGCACCGUGUUACCAAAGAAACCCAGUGGCUCUCUGCCAUCCCCGUCCGGGGCCAGGAAGGAGACCGCUGUGCCAGCAGCCACCAAAAGUACCAUCAAGAGGACCAGCUCUUCUGAACGAGUGUCUCCCGGUGGUCGGCGGGAAAGCUACGGGGAUUCCAAAGGGAACCGGAAUCGUACGGGAUCCACCAGCAGUUCCUCCAGCGGCAAAAAGAACAGCGAAAGCAAACCCAAGGAGCCCGUCUUCAGUGCAGCCCUUCUGUCUCUGUCUCCGAAAUCACAAGGGAAACGCCGGGUGACACACUGCAAAGAAGAAGGAUAUGUGAAGAUGUUUCUUCGUGGACGCCCUGUCACCAUGUACAUGCCCAAAGAUCAAGUGGAUUCUUACAACUUAGAAGCGAAAGUAGAGCUACCAACCAAGAGACUUAAGCUGGAAUGGGUCUACGGGUACCGGGGCCGAGACUGCAGGAGUAACCUGUACUUGCUGCCCACGGGGGAGACGGUCUACUUCAUCGCGUCGGUGGUGGUCCUGUACAACGUGGAGGAGCAGCUUCAGAGGCACUACACUGGCCACAACGAUGACGUGAAGUGCCUAGCAGUUCAUCCUGAUCGGAUCACGAUAGCAACAGGACAAGUCGCAGGCACAUCCAAGGAUGGAAAACAGUUGCCCCCACAUGUGCGCAUCUGGGACUCUGUGACACUGAACACACUGCACGUCAUCGGAGUUGGGUUUUUUGACAGAGCUGUUACCUGCAUUGCAUUUUCGAAAUCUAAUGGGGGCAGCAGUCUCUGCGCAGUGGAUGACUCCAACGACCACGUGCUGUCCGUGUGGGACUGGCAGAAGGAGGAAAGGCUGGCAGAUGUCAAGUGUUCUAAUGAAGCUGUAUUUGCCACGGAUUUCCACCCUAUGGACACUAAUAUAAUAGUCACCUGUGGAAAAUCACAUCUCUACUUUUGGACACUAGAAGGAAACUCCUUGAUUAAGAAGCAAGGGUUAUUCGAGAAGCAAGAAAAGCCAAAGUUUGUCCUGUGUGUGACUUUUUCUGAAAAUGGCGACACCAUUACCGGAGAUUCAAGUGGCAACAUCUUGGUAUGGGGAAAAGGUACGAAUCGAAUAAGCUAUGCCAUCCAAGGAGCCCAUGAGGGUGGCAUUUUUGCACUUUGUAUGUUAAGGGAUGGCACACUGGUAUCAGGAGGAGGGAAGGACCGAAGGCUCAUUUCUUGGAAUGGAAACUAUCAGAAACUUCACAAAACUGAGAUUCCAGAACAGUUUGGUCCCAUUCGGACAGUGGCCGAGGGGAAAGGCGAUGUGGUUUUGAUAGGCACGACCAGAAACUUCGUUCUGCAGGGCACGCUGUCUGGGGACUUUGUUCCCAUUACUCAGGGUCACACUGAUGAACUCUGGGGACUGGCCAUCCAUGCCUCGAAACCUCAGUUCUUGACCUGUGGGCAUGACCGACAUGCCACUCUCUGGGAUGCUGUUGGUCACCGGCCCGUCUGGGACAAAAUAAUAGAGGAUCCAGCUCAGUCUUCUGGUUUUCAUCCUUCAGGGUCUGUGGUUGCAGUUGGAACACUGACUGGGAGGUGGUUUGUGUUUGACACAGAAACGAAAGACUUGGUCACUGUUCACACAGAUGGCAACGAGCAGCUCUCUGUAAUGCGUUACUCACCAGAUGGAAGUUUCUUAGCAAUAGGCUCCCAUGACAACUGUAUCUAUAUAUACGGAGUCGGUGACGGCGGGCGGAAGUACACGCGAGUGGGCAAGUGCUCGGGUCACUCCAGCUUCAUCACACACCUGGACUGGUCUGUAAACUCCCAGUUCCUCGUGUCAAAUUCUGGAGACUAUGAAAUCCUCUAUUGGGUCCCUUCUGCUUGUAAGCAAGUCGUAAGUGUGGAAACUACGAGAGACAUUGAAUGGGCUACAUACACCUGCACUUUGGGAUUCCAUGUCUUUGGAGUGUGGCCAGAAGGCUCCGACGGAACCGACAUCAAUGCCGUCUGUCGGGCCCACGAGAAAAAGCUCCUGUCCACUGGCGAUGACUUCGGCAAAGUGCACCUCUUCUCUUACCCGUGUUCCCAGUUCAGGGCCCCCAGCCACGUCUACAGUGGGCAUAGCAGCCAUGUCACCAGCGUCGAUUUCCUCUGUGAUGACAGCCAUCUCAUCUCCACAGGCGGCAAGGACACGAGCAUCAUGCAGUGGCGGGUCAUCUAGUCCCGGAGGAACUGAGGGAGAACAGGCUGGGGGGCUCGGGCGCCAUAGCUGGGUCACUGUGAUUGUUCUGUCUGCAAAGGUCUUACAAACCUCAGGAAAACUCCUCCCACGACCAGUUACCUUAGCUCAGUGAGUCGGUGAGCGCCACGUCGGAUCGCAGUUCUGGUGUCUCUUUUGUUGUACAAUAUAUCAAACCAGUGCAGAUUUAAUAUAAAAACGAUGCCGAGGUGUACAUGGGGGUGACAUCGGCAGAAGUAACUGGUGUGUCCCUCGUAGCUCUUCCAUGAACUCUUCAAAAAUGGUCACGGAAUGCCUUCUAAAAUACUGUAUAUAGGCUCUACUGUGCCACCAUCCAGCUCGCUACAUCAAAUAUUUAUGACAACCAGGAGGUACUGAAUCAUUAUGGCUGUUGAUUAACUGGUCCUAAGUGGGUAAAUCAAUUGAGAAGAGAGUGAAUUACUGAUUAGCACAGCUGGAUCAGGAAAGGCAAACAUGACUCUAUUUGGUUACAUGUUCUAAGGUUUACUCAGUUCUCCCUCUGGGAGGCAGGUGAGAAAGAGGUUGUCUUCUUGUGUUAAGUAGAUUCUACUCCGGAUCAGGAGGAUACAUGGGCAUUUUGGAGUUUUGGUUAGACAGUCUGCCUAACCAAAUGCAGUCAGCCACCUAACACCCUUUUCUUCCCUGUUCACGUGCCCUGAACAAUGGGGGGACAUUUAGCCCCCUUCCUCUGUAUAUUAAUUGGCAUGAUAUGGUAUUGGACUUGCAAAGAAUUUUAGGAAUUCAUGAUAAAUACGUAAGGCUAGGCUUUACUAUUUUAUGUUGAUGGACAUUGUAUAUUUGUAUUUUAAGACCAGGUAGACCAAGUCAAAAGACAUCUCGUACAUGUACCACAGACCUAUGGCCGCGGGGAGAAGUCGGAGUGCUCCAGAAGGCAUAAGGGCAGCUCCCUUGGUGCAUGGAUGGCUCAUUACCUUCUGAAAUAAGAUCAUGUUCUGAUGAGUAAAACAUACGUGGCAUACAUUUGUCAAGAAGGCCUUAUCCAUUUUGAUUGUGUGACAGAUUGAAAUUUAUUGUUUACAUCUGGGAAUGUAUCUCAGAUAUCAAAAAUAGAAGAGUAAUAAGCAGACUUAAAAACAAAUAUUAAGAUUUUUCACUUGUUCUAGGCAAACAAAUGAAUUGAGUUGUCUGACCUCUACAGCACCGGUUGCUUAGAGUGGCUGAUUACAUGCAACGUUUGCAAACAUUUUUCAUGACAUCUCCAUCCUGCUGAAGUGCAGGGCACCAGUAAACAGUAUGUACUAAAGAUGAAUCUGUUUGUAUGGAUCCUUAUCAAAUAUAUUCUGUAAUGAAAUAAAAUCUGAAAAGUGGAUUUCUUAUUGACCUAUAAUCAUGAAAGUAUAUAAAUUAAAAUAUUUAAAAUUA